GUCCUGUUGCUUUGCGGUCUCUGGGUGGAGUGUAGGAGUGGACGUUGGUGUAACUGUGUGUGAAACUCAUCAGUCUUGCUCACAGAGGGUGUGAAACUUGGCAGCAUGUGGGGUCUCAGGCAGCGGGAGUCUCAGUAGAAGUACAGAAACCUGACAGAUGUGAAAAAGCCUAGUGAGUGAUAAAUUUAGAGUCCUGUUUCAUGUUCCAUCUGGAUACCAAGACAGGCUGUGUCUCCAACGGGGGAAGUGAGAGUUAACUUGAGUGAGUGAGCCUGGGAUGUCGGUGGAGAGUGAAAGGGAUUGUGAGAUGGAGGUGAGGGAGGAAUAGAGGUACAAAGACGGAAUCGACAAAGCAACUGCAACUUUGGAGACAUCACCUGAAGUUGUGGGAAAGGGGCUGUUUGAUUUCUUCUAUAUCGACUGAACUGGACAGUAGAGUGAGAGUUUUAUGAGACUGCUGUCUGAUACGUUAAAGAGUGUAAGGUACAGCUUCAAAAAUUAGACGGAACAAGGCAGCGUGUUUGGGGGAUACCUAGACGGAGUGUAAAAGAACAGUUCCUAGCAAGAACGUUGGGCGAACCUGCUUCGCAGCCAUGGAUAUGAACUCGGUGGUCUCAGAAAUGCGCCAGCCUGCCAAGGCCACUGCAGAGGCCUCAGCGGCCACCAAGCGCGCUACUCCUAAACCUGCCAAAAAAGCUAAACGUGCUACUGUUUAUUUUGAGGUGGAGAUCCUGGAUGCCAAAACGAGGGAGAAGCUGUGCUUCUUGGACAAGGUGGAGCCCCAUGCCACCAUAGCAGAUAUCAAGAACAUGUUCACCAAAUCCCAUCCUCAGUGGUACCCUGCACGGCAGUCGCUGCGGCUGGAACCCAAGGGAAGGUCACUAAAGGACGAAGACAUCCUACAGAACCUACCAGUGGGGACAACAGCCACCCUGUACUUCAGGGACCUAGGUGCGCAGGUCAGCUGGGUGACGGUGUUCCUCACAGAGUACGCUGGGCCUCUCGUUAUAUAUUUGCUGUUCUAUUUCCGAGUUCCUUUUAUUUAUGGUCCCAAAUAUGACUUCAUUACCAGCCGGCAUUCUGUGGUACACCUGGCCUGUAUCUGUCAUUCUUUCCAUUACAUUAAACGUCUGCUGGAGACCCUGUUUGUGCAUCGUUUCUCUCAUGGUACAAUGCCCUUCCGGAAUAUCUUUAAGAACUGUAUGUAUUACUGGGGGUUUGCAGCCUGGAUGGCUUACUAUAUAAACCAUCCACUAUACACACCACCGGCAUUUGGAGAACAUCAGGUGAAGCUGGCGGUCAUUAUAUUUCUGUUUUGUCAGCUGGGUAAUUUCUCCAUACACAUUGCAUUGCGAAAUCUGCGACCUGCUGGCUCCAAGACCCGUAAGAUUCCUUUCCCCACACGUAAUCCAUUUACAUGGCUGUUCCUAUUGGUUUCAUGUCCCAACUACACAUAUGAGGUUGGUUCUUGGAUGGGAUUUGCCCUCAUGACCCAGUGUCUCCCAGUCGCUCUCUUCUCCUUGGUUGGAUUCAUCCAGAUGACGAUUUGGGCCAAAGGCAAACACCGCAGUUACUUGAAGGAGUUCCGGGAUUACCCUCGUCUCAGGUCCCCCAUAGUUCCCUUUAUCCUGUAGGUUCACUCAUGGUUCCUUCUGUUCCUUCCUCUCCCUUUCUAACCCUGUUCUUAAAAUGACCGCAAUAUCCAGCUGUCUACAAAACCCUGGCCUCUAAACUCUUGCACUGAUAUAUGGAGCAUGGAGGGUUGGUGGUUCCCAGAUGGAAUAAAUGUGUCCUCUGUUGUA